AUGGCCUUAUCAAACCCGUCAGUCUUUCUAUAUGGCCCUGGAAAGGCACGGAUUGAAGACACGCCAGAGCCAAAGAUAACUGAUCCGACCGAUGCUAUAGUCAGAGUCAAAUUCGUGGGAGUCUGUGGGAGUGAUGUCCAUUUCUGGAAUCACGGCGGGCUCAAUGGGAAAUUUGUCUCGGAGUCACAACCCUUGGUGAUGGGCCAUGAAUGCUCAGGAGUUAUCUACGCUGUCGGCUCAUCCAUCAAACAUCUGAAGCCCGGCGACAAUGUUGCGAUCGAACCCGGCCAACCAUGUCGGGCAUGUGACAGGUGCAAGGAAGGGCUAUACAACCUCUGCCCUGAAAUGAAGUUUGCGGCCUGUCCUCCGGAUACGCCAGGAUGCUUGACGAGAUUCUUCAAGAUUCCAGCCGACUUCUGCUACAAGUUGCCCCCAGGGGUUAGUCUGCAGGAAGGCGUCCUGGCAGAGCCCCUUGCGGUGGCAGCCCAUGCGGUGCGGAUGAUAGGACUCAGACCCGGCCAGAAUCUGGUGAUCUUUGGUGCUGGCACGAUUGGUCUCAUGUGCGGUGCGGUUGCGCGAAUCUUCGGAGCCAAGAAGAUUGUGUCGGUGGAUCUCCUAGAUCACAAGCUGGAAUUCGCAAAGGGGUUCAGCAAGUCGACGACGUUCAAGCCAGAGUCGAGUGCUUCACCGGAAGAGAACGCAGCUCGGUUGAUACGAGAAAACGAACUGGGCUUGGGAGCAGAUGCCGUGAUCGAGGCCACAGGAGCCGAAAGCUCCAUCAUCACCGCCAUACACGUUCUCCGACCCGGGGGCCACUGUGUGCAAACAGGGCUCGGAAAGCCAGUGAUCAACUUCCCGAUUUUGGCAAUGAGUGAGAAAGAGUUGCACAUGCACGGAGCUUUCAGGUAUAACCAAGGAGACUUCAAGGUCGCCAUGGAUGUCCUUGAAGCUGGAAACUUCCCCCUCAAAAGGCUGAUCUCGAAUAUUUUUGAAUUUGAGCAAGCGACAGACGCGUGGGAAGCAACCAAACAGGGGAGGGGUAUCAAGAAUAUGAUUCGAGGCUAUGGAUAUAGAGAUCCCGCCAGAAUUAGCCAUUUGUGA